GGUUUUUCUAAAUUCACUUCUUAGGUUGAAUAGCUGUAGAAAGGGCUGGGCUUCUCCACGCCCACUGAGCAACAGCGCCACAGCCAGAGGACCCGGAUGUGAGCUACAGCGAUAGAAGCCGAGAAUCAAAGAUGCAGACCAUAAAAUGUGUGGUGGUGGGAGAUGGUGCGGUGGGAAAGACAUGUUUAUUGAUCUCCUACACAACCAACAAGUUCCCUUCAGAAUACGUGCCUACGGUAUUUGAUAACUAUGCAGUCACUGUAAUGAUUGGAGGAGAGCCAUACACACUUGGACUUUUUGACACAGCAGGUCAAGAGGACUAUGACAGGCUACGGCCCCUGAGUUACCCUCAGACAGAUGUUUUUCUUGUGUGCUUCUCCGUUGUCUCACCUUCCUCUUUUGAGAACGUCAGAGAAAAGUGGGUACCAGAGAUCUCCCACCACUGUCCUCGAACUCCAUUCCUGCUGGUUGGUACUCAGGUGGACUUGAGAGAUGACAGUAACACAGUGGAGAAACUCGCUAAGAACAAACAGCGCCCACUGUCGCCCGAGAGCGGAGACAAACUGGCCAGAGACCUCAGAGCAGUGAAAUAUGUGGAGUGCUCUGCCCUCACACAGAGAGGAUUAAAGAAUGUCUUUGAUGAAGCCAUCUUGGCUGCCCUGGAGCCUCCUGAGACCAAACCCAAGAAACGCUGCAUUCUCUUAUAAAAGAAAUUUGGGAACAAGUUGAUGGGGAGAAAAAUGUGAGGCAUUCAGACAGUGCCUUUAGUUUUACAAAAUUAAGAGUGGUUUGUGUGGUAAUAUGCUGACAUCUCUCUUCCUGACUAAUAGCCAGUCUUUCUAUACAAGACCUACCUAUACACAAAAAAAUUAAUGCGUUCAAAACAUGGAAAUGGAUGACUGGCGUUUUUUUUUUCUUUCUACAAGUCUGCCAUUACUUAAACAAACAACCACUUAAAUGUGUUUUUCACAUCCCUCACUUUGACUUUGUUUAGCCUCAGCAGUCUUUAAAAAAAAAAAAAAAAAAAAAAGACCAUGCUAAAGCAAUCAGUUGUUUUCCUUCUUUCAUUCCUUUUCAUUGAGGCAAUUGGAACUCCAAGUGUUUCUUACCACCUCUGCCCUCUGCAGGACUUAAACUGAAUUUUUUUUAAUGAUUGUGGCGUAUUAAUAAUGACACAAGUAUUGUAUGAUUAUUUUUGUUUUUAUUUUGGUGAGUGGGUGUUUAACAGUUAGGACUUGGAGAUUUUAGUGCAAUUUUUUUUAAUAUUGUUUGAUUUCUUUUGUGCUGUUUUUUUAGGUGCCACUUUAUCACCUUGGUUGGUCUUUUUGACUUUUAAAGAAAAAUGCAUUAUAAUCUAUUACAUUAGCUGGUCUCUACAUUGGUAGCCAUGGUAAUUAAAGCAAUAAUAAUUUACAAGUAAUAAAAAUGCAGGAUGUGGAACUGAUGUGGGAGUAGAUUUUAUGUGUAACUGUAAUAUAAAAAAAAAAACAUGAAUUGUAAGGAGACCUUUGUCAUAUUUUAUGCAUUUACACAUUUUCUUCAAAUCUAAUACAGAAAUGGUCUUUAUUUCUCAGGGAA